AUGUCAUCGUCAGUUGUAAUGAAACCUUUUCUGUUCUCCCUUGUCGGGCCACCGGGCAUUGGAAAAACAACUUUCGUCCAAAAGCUGUUUACCGAUCCAAGGGUUAGAAAACACUUCGAUUUCACUUCUUGGGUAAAUGUAUCAGUGGAUUUCGAUGUGCUUAGGCUAACCCAGAAGGUCGUUACGGAGCUAACCAGCAGAGCUCCCAGUGAAACAGCCAAUUUAGACGAGCUUCAGAUUUCCAUUGCAGAGAUACUAGAGUCCAGUAGGUUCUUACUUGUUUUGGAUGAUGCGUGGGUCGACGCAAAUUAUGAUGGGUUGCAUACCCUAUUAGCUCCAUUCAAAAAGGGAGGACACAAGGGCAGCGUGGUACUUGUCACAACUAGAUUCCCAGAACUAGCACAAAUGAUAAAAACAGUUGAUACAAUAGAAAUGCAAGGUUUAGACCCUGGAGAUUUCCUCACAUUCAUUGAAGCAUGUAUAUUUGGUGAAAUCAAUAAACCUAGGCAUUAUGAAGAUGACUUGGCUGAUAUUGCAAGAAAAAUUGCGACAGAGUUUGACGGUUCACCGUUAGCAGCCAAAAGAAUUGGUCGGCUAUUAAGGACAGACAUAUCUCGGGAACACUGGACGGCAAUUCUUGACAAGGAAUGCGAAAAAAAUUCACAACGCAAUAAUGACAUCAUGUCAUCUUUGUAUACUUGUUACGAUUACCUCAGUUUACGCCUGCAAAAAUGUUUUUCUUAUUGCGCCCUUUUCCCUAAAUACCAUAGGUUUAGUAGUUUAGAAAUUAAUCGCUUUUGGAUUGCAUUAGGCAUCAUAAACUCUACUCACUUAGGCCAUAAUACUUACUUGAAAGAACUAGUGGGCGGUCGUUUUCUCAUGAGGGAAGAUGGGUUGUUUGGUGAAAACUAUGUAAUGCAUGAUUCACUGCAUGACCUGUCUCGAAGUGUUGCAGCACACGAAUGCCUCAAUGUAAGUGUUCCAGAUUUUAAUGCUGACACAGUCCCACCAUCUAUUCAGCAUUUAUCUAUCACCCUAGAAGAUAGAUAUGAUGAAAAUUUUCAGGAGGAAAUGAGAAAACUGAAAGGAAGGAUAGACAUUGCAAAUUUACGGACAUUGAUGAUUUUUAGUGAAUACGAAAAAAGAAUUUCUGAUAUCUUAAAAGAUACGUUCGAGGAAGUAAAAAAUCUGCAUAUCCUGUUUGUAGUUGUGAAGUCCUUAGAUGAUUUGCCACAAAACUUCUCAAAGCUUAUCCACCUCCAGUACCUCAAACUUGGAUCACCUUAUGGCACAGAAAUAGCUUUACCUAGCACACUAUCCAGAUUUUAUCACUUGAAAUUCUUAGACCUCGAAGAUUGGCAUGGUAGUUCUAAUUUGCCUAACGACAUUAGCCACCUUGUAAAUUUGCAAAACUUCCUUGCUAAAAAAGAACUCCACUCCAGUGUUCCUAAGGUUGGAAAGAUGAAGUAUCUACAGGAACUAAAAGAAUUCUGUGUUAAGAAAGAGAGUGUUGGAUUCGAAUUAAGAGAGCUGGGGGAAGUGGCAGAGCUUGGAGGAGAACUCAGAAUAUGUAAUCUUGAAAAAGUGGCAACCAAGGAAGAAGCUAGUGAAGCCAAACUGAUGUCAAAAAGGAAUCUGAAGAAGUUGACACUAGUUUGGGGGAAAGGGCAACAGGACACAGGAUCUGAUAUUCUUGAUGGCCUUCAACCACACCCUAAUCUUAGGGCACUUGGUAUUAUAAAUCAUGGUGGUAGCGCUGCUCCAAGUUGGUUGUGUCUUGACAUCUCGGUGAAAAAACUAGUCUCUCUCCAUUUAGAGGGUAUAUCUUGGGGCACUCUUCCACCCUUUGGGCAGCUUCUGCAUCUCAAGGAACUCUCUUUGAAGAGCAUUUCAGGAAUGCGUCAGUUACAAUCUGACUAUGGUUUCGGUGAAGGCAAAACUUUCAUCCAUCUGAAGAAAAUUGUUUUUGAUGACAUGCCAGAACUUGAGGAAUGGGUUGUGGUACCAGAUUCCCAGUUGUUACCAAGGCUUGAAAGCAUCGAAUGCAGAUGUUGUCCCAAUCUCUAUGGGAUGCCAUUCUCGAGGCUUUCUUGCCCCAACUUGUGUAGUGUUCUUAUUGAUGAUUGCCCCAAGCUGUAUCUGCUCUCCGUGCCUGUCUCUUCAACAGUUUCAGUCGUGGAAUCCAGUUCAAGAAAAUUGACUUACAGUCAGAAGGUAUUGGUUGUUCGUGGGUGUAAUGGUUCUUUGGACUUCGGCAAUCUGGAUGGCAGUGUUGUCUUCAGUUCAGUUCAGAAUGAAGAGCAUGUGCAACGUGUAAUACAGUUCCCAUCACCAAGCUCACUGCAGACACUUGGCAUCUCCGGCUGUGCGGGCAUGGUUAUUGUGCCUGCGGGGGAAGGGCGGGGAAUCCAGGGCAUGGAAUCGCUGGAAUCAAUAACAAUAUUCAGAUGUGGAAAGCUGUUCUCCGAGUGGCCCAUGGGAGAAGCUCAGACCAUCAAGCCUUUCCCUGCUUCCCUCCAGAAGCUUGACAUUUCAUCUGAAUCAAGCAUACAGUCAAUGGCUCUGCUCUCGAACCUCACGUCUCUCACCCAUCUGACACUGCAAGAUUGUGUGCCUGAGACACCCAGUUAUUUCUAG